UGCCUAUCUGAGAUGGUAGAUCGAGAAGGCCUAGAUGGGCUUCAGCACCCUUCCCACACCCUCCAUCACCCCACGCCCACGGAGGCGCCUCAUUACGCCCACCCUGUCUUGGUGACUCUUUACCUUGUGGGAAUUGUUCUAUGUAUGGUCAUGGCUUACUUUCUCGACACGUCCCGCAGGUCAACCAAGGGUCAGAGACAAGCCCCGCCCAGCGAUGACCUUCAUCCAGACUCCGGUGCUGCAAAGGAACUGAUCCGCGAGCCUGGAGAAUGGGUUCGUCCCCUCGGCAGCCUGGAGCUCUUCAUGGCCGUGGGGGGCGAGUACGGGUCCCUUAACACGGUCCUUGGUCUGUGGCUUUCGUCCAGGGAGCCGAUCCGACCCGAGAACGUCCGCCGGGCGCUGUCCGUCAUCGCGCGGAAGAACCACAUGCUGCAGAUGAGCGUGGUGUGGCGAGGGACUCGUCCGUGGUUCCGGCGCAUGGAGGAGGUGGUCGUGGACUUCGGCGUCGAGGACAAGGAGGUAAUGAGUGUGUACUCCGCCGAGCUUCACGCGCCCUACGACAUGUCGCGCGGCCCUCUGUGGCGCGCCAGGCUGGUGCCGAUGCCCGAGGAGUCGCGCGACGGCCUCCACAAGGCGGCCCUGCUGAUCAGCGUGCACCACUGCAUCACCGACGGCGUCACGAAUGUGGUCCUCGGCCGGGACUUGAUGCGCGUGCUGAAUGCGUCCAUGAUGGGCACGGCGGAUGAUGUCCCCUUCCGGGCCGUCAUCCCAGCCCUGCCGGACGCCCUCUUCAAGCGCUACGACUGGAUCUACGUCUUCAAAUACUUCUGGAAGAAGCUCUUCGACACCUUCAUCAGGAACUACAACCAGAAGCUCUACUUCAAAGGCAUCUUGCCGCAGCCCGAGACCAGAUUCGCCACGACGAAGGUCAUCAUGGAUGAGUUCUCGGCAGAGGCGACGCAGCGGCUGGUGCAGCAGUGCAGGGACGCCGGCGUCACCGUGCACGCCUGCAUCGUUGCCAUCGCCAACAUCGCCAUCUUCCGGGUCGCCCAGCAGCGUGCCAAGGGAAGAAUCGACUCUGCUCUCAUCAACACUGUCAACUGCAUCAACAUGCGUCGCUACUUCCCUCCUGAAAACAAGGAGUCCCUGGGCUGCCACAUUUCCCUCGAGGAGACCGAGCUCCUCAUCCAGUCCGCCGACUUCACCGACAAGGACAGCUUCUGGGCGCUGGUCAAGCGGAUCUACGAUGACCUGCAAGACAGCCUCAACGUCCACCAUACGCCCGCCAAAAACUCCCCUCUCUUCCGCCCUUCCAGCCUCAUCUUCCACAUCAACUACGAGCUCACGCGCCGUGCCCGCCAGAACCGCACGCACUCGCACAUGAUCACCACCAACAUGGGCAACCUGCAGCACCUUCUGCCGGGCAAGUACGGCGACGGCCCCGUGGAGAUCACCCGCAUCCUUCGCUCGGUCUCCAGCGCGCUCACCGGCCACGGGUGCACGCUCACCUUCCAGACCUUCGUCGGGAGGUUCAUGAUUUCGCUCGAUUACUACUCCAACAAGAUGACAGACGACGUGGCCCAGCAGUUCUUCACGAACCUCAACACUUACAUAUUAAACCUCACCAAAUACGGCUGCCUGAACGUGGCGAAUUCUGAAGCAGCUGUGUGGCCCUCCUUAGCGACGUAGACUGUACAUAGGUAUCCUGUAGCUGCAUUUCCUAACUUUAACACACAGAGUUUGGUGCAAAGGCAUGUAUACUGCAAACAUCUCUAGAGGCUUGUUCCAGAAUGUAACACAUAAGAGUUAUGUAAUUCGUUGUUCUCGUUGAAACUUGGUUGAUAUAGCUCUUAAUCUAAGCCAUUCUAGAGAUUAUUUUUUCCCUCAAAUCUAAACCUCGAAACUGUACAACUAAUACCCACUUAGUCUACUUAGCUCACCCAUGUCAGUAUGGUCUGUUUGUGACAUGGCCGUUGCUUGUACGUGUAAAUAGAGAUUAUGUAAACAGUAAUUAACAAUUGUUACUUUUGUUGUAGUACUUUUAUCAGCUUCCUCAGGUUACUUGGAAUACCAUCACUCUGUCCGGCGACUCAGAACUCAAAAGCCGAAAUCCGCGCUGCAAGAUGAGUGGAGAUCACGAAGCGCGUUCGAAAAAUUUAACUGGAAACACGAGUUCUAGAGUUCUAAUAUCAAGCUAAAAAGUGUAUUCCGUAAUUCC